UGAUUAUCCAUGCCUUGCGGGGCUUGGGUCCAGAAUAUCGUGAGUUUGCAGCUGCAGUUCGUGCUCAAGAAUCCCCUAUCACGUUCGCUGAUCUUCAUGAUCGUCUUAUUGAACUCGAAGCUGACCUCCGCACCUAUCAGCCCAUGCCCUCUAUGGAUUCUCCCGUGGCUACGGCUUAUCUCUCUCAUCGUGGCAGCUCACGUUCUCCAAGCUUCCGUCCGAGUCAUUUCUCUCGUCCGCAGCGCCCUCCUAGUACAGGUCGUGGUCUUCUUCCUUCACCACCUGCUGGGCCUUCUUUUCCUGUUGCUCGUCGUCCCCGAUUCACAGUUGUCUGCCAAUACUGUGACAAGACCGGGCAUUCGGCAAAAACCUGCUUCAAGCUCAAUCCUCGUUCAUCUCAAGUCAACUUUACUACUGCUACGGGACCUCCUCGUCCCUCGUCCUCUUCUGAAGUUCCAUGGCUUGUUGACUCAGCUGCCACUCAUCACGUGACUCCGGAUCUUGGCACCCUAUCUCUUUACUCCGACUAUACUGGGCCUGACGAGGUUUUGGUUGGCGACGGAACAGGAUCUACGCACCGGAGCACGCCUUCUUCGAGGCCGGAAUAAAGGAGAUGUCUACGAGCUGCCGCGGGCCAACCACAAACUUAAACUUGCUCUUGUUUCCACCCAUCCUUCCCUAUCUUCCUGGCACUCCCGCCUCGGUCAUCCAUCCUCGAAAGUUCUCAAUCAACUUGUUCGUCAUCUUCCUGUUUCGUCCCAGUCUUCCUUUGACUUCUGUGAUGCUUGUCUGUCUAAUAAGGCUCAUAAACUGCCAUUUUC